GUCAUUCCUGCUUUUCCUCAAACCUCUUUCAUGCCGAGGACCAGGCACCUGCCCUUAUCUGGACUUUACUUCUGCAAAACCUCGUCCCGUUAUUUCACCUGGAGGGCAGUGCACAUGGAGCUGUGUUUGGUGGGUUGCCGUUUUUAAAGUGGACAAAAAAAACUAAAGUUUUAUAUGCUUGGAGGGAUUAUUUCGUACACAUUUGACUGACGAUGACUGAGAUGAAAAUUUGGUGCGUUUUGCUCAUGGCUUUCGCUCUCACAUCAGCCGCUCCGAAAUCCCACCUGCGGCUAGAAGAGAAGACAAAGGACAACAACGACACUCUGCAGGUUGAAAUAGAUAAUCAAGAACAUAUAUUAAGUCAGCUGCUGGGUGAUUAUGACAAAGUGAAAGCGCUUUCGGAAGGCUCUGACUGUGGCUGUAAAUGUGUUGUCAGACCUCUGAGCGCCAGCGCAUGCCAGCGGAUCCGGGAGGGUCACGCGACACCUCAGGACUUCUACACGGUGGAGACCAUCACAUCAGGACCCCAUUGUAAAUGCGCAUGCAUUGCACCUCCAUCCGCUUUAAACCCCUGUGAAGGUGACUUCCGGUUAAAGAAGUUGCGUCAAGCUGGAAAAGAUAAUAUCAAGCUAUCAACUAUACUGGAACUGCUGGAGGGUUCUUUCUAUGGCAUGGACCUAUUGAAAUUGCACUCAGUCACUACAAAGAUUCUCGAUCGCAUGGACACAAUAGAAAAAAUGGUCUUAAACAACCAGACUGAGGAGAAGUUGAACACGAUUAGCACCUCUCCAAAUCCACAGCUGUCCACGUCCUCACCUACAACUCUGCCCUCAGUCAUUCAGGAGAAGAGGACGAGUCUGAGGGAGCAGAAUGACGAAGCAGCUGCUUUUCAGCACAUGGAGAGUAAAUAUGAGGAAAAGUUUGUUGGGGAUAUUCUGAACAGUGGAUCAGACCUGAACAAAGCCACCACAGCAUUGCAAGAACAGGAGCAACAAGGCAGGAAGAAGCAACCCAAAAUUACUGUGAGGGGCAUCACAUACUAUAGGUCUGACCCAGUGGAUGAGAUGGACUCAGAGAAGAACUUAGAUGAUAACCUGAGUGGUGACAGCCCGAUUGAUCUCUUUGCCGAUGAACAGCUCCUUCGACACAAAGCUCGCCACUUUAGGCCAGUCAUCAAAGCCUGGUCUGUCCGGCCAAAAACCAAGAGUGAAAUUUCAAAAGGCGGAGAUGCACCAAAAAAACAUCAAAAUCCAUUAAUGGGACUGCUGGACUCAACGGCACUACCGAUUAAAACGCCUACUGAACCAAUAACCGUUCAGACUCAAACCAGUCAUUCCACCACAGACAGCUCCACAGGAGAUGAGAGAACCACAACAACACCUGCGGCCAUGGAUAAUUUAAAGGUCACCAAAUCGUCAAUUAAAAGAAUGGAGGCAAACAAAGUGGAGCCACCAACUCCAUCUGUACAACAAGCUCAAAACAUGUUGGUCAGGUCGUCCAAUCUGGGCCACAUAAAAACAAAUGAGUCAGUCGCUGCAGCUGUUAAAGUGGAGGCUACAGAGCCAACCAUGACAAACCAGACCAAUGGGACUGCAGUAAAGGAAACAUCUGCAUCUUCUGUAACCCAAACUGGAGCGCUUAUCAAAGAACAUCUGAAAGCCUCAACUCAAAGCACACUUAAUACAUUAACACCAUCGCCGACUUCUCAUUCGAAUGCUUUAACAGUCACAGAAAGCUCAGUGGGAAUAAAUGCUCACAAAGGAGAAGUUACCACCAUUGUGAUGACAGCUAGCGUCACUGGAAGCAAGACAGAUUCAGUUACAGACUUAACCCAACUGAGUCCCAGGGUGAGGGAGACAUUGACGACUACAAGAACUACCACAAAAACAGCAACCACGAGCCAGCCUGUCAAACGCAAGUACAGUAUAAGCUGGGACGAAGAAGAAGAGGCGGUGGUACCAGAGCAGGUGGAAGAAGAAAAAGCUGUAAAACCUGUGGUGGAAGACAAAGUAGGAGAGGAACCUCAGAGGAAGCCAGGAAUGUGUAAGGACACCUUGGCCACAAUCUCAGAGCCUAUCACACACAAUACAUAUGGCCGUAAUGAAGGUGCUUGGAUGAAGGACCCACUGGAUCAAGAUGACAAGAUCUACGUCACAAACUACUAUUAUGGCAACAACCUGCUGGAGUUCCGCAACAUUGACGUCUUCAAACAAGGCCGCUUCACCAAUUCCUACAAGCUGCCUUAUAACUGGAUUGGCACUGGCCACGUGGUCUACAAAGGUGCGUUUUAUUAUAACCGUGCCUUCUCUCGGGACAUUAUCAAGUUUGAUCUGCGGUUACGUUAUGUGGCAGCCUGGACGAUGCUACAUGACGCGGUGUUCGAAAACGACGAUGUUUCAUCAUGGAGAUGGAGAGGAAACUCGGACAUGGACCUGGCCAUCGAUGAAAGCGGGCUUUGGGUGAUUUACCCGGCGCUGGAUGAUGAAGGCUUCUUGCAGGAAGUGAUCGUCUUGAGCCGCCUAAAUCCCACUGAUUUGAGCAUGAAGCGCGAAACCACAUGGAGGACCGGACUGCGACGUAAUCGAUAUGGGAACUGUUUCAUCGUAUGCGGUGUUCUGUAUGCAACGGACAGCUACAAUCAGCAGGACACUAAUUUAUCGUACGCUUUCGACACCCACACCAACACUCAGGUGAUCCCUCAUCUUCCUUUUAGCAACAACUAUACCUACGUCACUCAGAUUGAUUACAAUCCCAAAGAGCGGGUGUUGUACGCUUGGGAUAAUGGACAUCAGGUCACUUAUAAUGUUCAGUUUGCAUAUGUAGACCCGCUGUAGACUCUGACCGCAGAGCAAACAUGUCCUUAGCACAAAAUAAAAGAAACCGUAAAUUAAAGCUGAUCCAUAUCAAUAUAUCAGGAUCAAUAUCCUGAUCUUGAAGCAAAAAUGACACUGUUCACAUAAGACAGGAUUACAGUUUGGAUAUAAGGAACGAUUUAUAUGGUCACGAUAAAUAAAUGGAAAUUAAAUGAUGACUGUAUUUACAUCUACUGAAUUUCAUCUUUACACCAGUAGGUGGCGACAAUUUGCUUUGACGAUUUGUUCAAAAGUGCUGAUUUAUUUAGUAAUAGGAUGUCCUCUUUACGAGUAAGACAUUAAAUCACUGAUUCUAGAGAUUAAUUAAAAAAUGCUAAUUUGACUAAUUCAGUAAUUAAAUUAGUAGUCUUUGAGUCGUUGAAUCAUUCAUUCAAUAUAUUAAUUGAAAAUCAUUCGAAAGAUUUAUUCAAAAACACUCAUUUAUCUAGUAAUGAAGGAAGCUUCAAUGAAAUGCUCAUUUUAAGAGAUUUGAUCAAAGACGCUGAUUCAUCCAGUGAUGAAAUGUGUAUUGAGGAGCAUUUAGAAUUUAUUAAAUUGAGAUUUGUUUAAAAAGAUUGGCUGCAUCGGAAAUCACCUACUACUCAGUGGGUACUGCAUUUGAAUUUACUACUCUUCCGUCAGAAAAAGUAUGCUCUAUCAAGUCCCUUUAAGGCAAGUAAUUUCACUUGGCGGUCAUAUUUAAAACGCCUCUCGAGGAGUAUACUCGGGCAUUCUGUCAGAAUAGUAGAACAUCUAAUUCUCCGAAACGGUUUGCCAAGUUUACGAUUACAUUACAUAUUUGGAUUUUACAUUACAUAUUAGGUUCAAAUCAAAGAAAUUCGGCAUAUUUUUUAGGUUGCCCAAGCUAAUGCGCAUGUGCACUCAAAAGGAAGGAGACACCACGACACUCUUCUUAAGUAAUCCACAACUUGGUCCUGAUGUGGAAUCUUCUCCAGAAAUGAAAGUGACUCUUUGUUUACAAGAUUGUGAGUGAUUGAGCAAUUGCUGUCAUGUGACGUGCGUUUGACAGGACGGACUGUACCUCACGUUCGUUUCAUACAGACUACAAAACUCAAAAUCUUUUGUUUUUAAGUGCACUUGGUUCUUUUAAAAGUACAGAUUUCAAGCUUUAUUUUAUAUAUUUCUUAUGUCUGUGAAGCAAGUAUUCACUGAGAUUCCAGUGCGUUUGUUAAGCUCCAAACUGUCGUAAAAGCACACUUGUGCUACUUGUUCAAGCUUCUCCGUGAAGAAACAUAUUAAUCGAUAAUUGGCUGCUGUACUAGUGGGCGGGGCUUAAUUCACCGUUCCACUUUUCCCCAUUUAAAACUAUAUGAGUUCAUGAAUUUUCUCACAGGGCAUUAUGGGAUAGUGUAACAUAUAUCGGAAUCUCACCGGAAGUAGUUAACUGUUUUUAAUGUUUUUCGAAUUCGGACAUACUACUCUGCUCGCAUACCGUUUUUAGAAUACUAUAUAGUAUGGAAGUAUGCGAUUUUGGAUGCAGCCAUUAAUUCAUUUGUUAAUGAAACAAAUCAAGUCCUUACAAUUGAGUCGUUAAAUCGUUCAUUCGAAAAAUUCAUUCAAAAUCCUAAUUUGUUCAUUAAUAAAAUGAGCGACUCAUUGAAUCGUUCAUUCAAGAGAUUUGUUCGAAACAAUUUAUUCGCUAAAGAAACAAACGUAGCUCUUACGAGUGAGUCAUUGAAUCAUUCAUUUAAGAGAUACUAAUUUGCUCAAUAAUGAAUUGGGUGAAGUGACUGACAGAUUUGUACAAAGGCACCAAUUCCGCAAGUAAGGAAAAAAAUCAAAUCACUUAUUUAAACCAAUAUUUUAAAAACAUCAUUUAAAUGAAAUGUAAGAUCUUUCAAAUUAAAAAAGAUUAACUUAUAACCCACAGUGUCUGUUCAGUAUUGUAGAAGUGUCUCAUUCUUAAUUUAUCUACAAUCAUAUAGCUCUAACAUUAAUGUGGAUUGUGGAUCAGUUCACUCAGCUUUCUUAACAUACGUAGUUUUAAAAAGAUCUUAUCAAUAUGAUGUUUUCAAAGUGUAAAAAUGGAUACAUACAAUAUACUUACACUUAUGGUGAAAACAAAAAAUAGGAUCAAAGUUAUUUUUAGGUACAUUUCUAAACACCCAUACGCUGCAGCUUUGCAGUUUGCAUUGAUCUUUUUUUGUUAUUAAGAUUUUGACGCUUGCUUUUGCACAAUGAAAACGGACCUCUUCAUGUUUAUAGCUGUACCUCUUGUCCGGCUGGCAGAAUUAGGACAUUUUGAAGUGCUGUAUUCUUAAAUCUAACAGAAUACAUUGUAUAUACUGUAACAUAAAAGCUAAAACAUGGGAUUGAUGAAUGUAAAAAUGAACAGUUUGUAUUUUCAUAAAUGUAUCUCUCUUUUUUUACCAUCAGCUGCAUAUAGGAAAGUCUUCAACUAACAUUUAGGUAAAAACAUGUAGUCGUUGUGUUUGAUUUCAUAGGUACAUUUGAUGCAUAUUAUCAAAGAUUUUGGUAUUGUUUGUACAUCUUUUUGGCAUAUUUUGUUUCAAUUUCAUUUCAAACUCUUCACUCUGUCAGACUCCAAAAAACAAAAAACAAAAAAAAAAAAACAGCUGCAAUAAAAUGAGUGGCAACAUGAUUUACUUGCAUUGGUUUUCCUUGUCAAGUGGGAUGAAUUCUGAGCAGUCAUUUACUGUACAUAAGAGAAAAGUGCUACACUGAUCCGCCGCGCUAAAUCUGGACAAACAAAACACAUCUACGUUUAACCCGAAAACAUUGUUUACCCCUGACUUUGAAAUGACCCAUAAUCAGCAGUCAGGUCCCACAUUUGGACAAACCUUCAAUUUCACAGCACAAAUUCAGACUGACAUAAGACUCUGUCUGCAUUUUUUAUGACAAAGAAAAUGCUCACAAUUCACCCACAACUUUUGACUCCAGUGUUUAUUUCUUUGCCUUGUUACAAAAUCACUUUUAUCACUUUCACUGAGAAUGAGCAAACAAAAGGUUGUUCCAAAAACAAGCAGAAGUUAAAUAAUACAUUUAUAUAGUCAAAAUGAAAAUGCUGAUCAAUGGGGAUGAGAUAAAGUUAAAGAACAUUAAUGUAUGUUUCACAUCAAUUACUAGACAUCUCUACUGAAACUCUGAGGUCAAAAUAUUUCCUUUUACUAAAUACUAAACAAAUCAUCCACAGUUUGAACACAAAGAUCCACCUGAGUUCUGUUUGUAAUCUGUGAAAUAUUAUUUUUCCGAAGAUACCUGCAACUCCUUUUUUCUGUCUUCGAAUGGUGAGUGGUCAGCACAGGCCAAAGUUUGUCUUUACAGUGGAAUGGUUUUUGUGAAAGUGACAACAGGUUGGAAAGGACAACCUGACUAUGGCUUUUCAAACUAGACAAAAAACUAGUGAAUGGUUAAAUAUUACAGAAUAAUAGAGACAAAUACAUAGUGAUGAAGGACAGAUUACAUUUUUUUUAAAAGUACAUGAAUAAUUUGUCUUGCUUCAAAUUAAUCACCAGUAUUGGUUAACAAGUAUAUUUAUAUCACGCAUGCCUCAUUUAAAGUGCAAUUAAGUCACUAGGAAAAACAUGAAGGCGUGAAAUAUAUUUUUAAAAUGAUAGAUUCUUCAUAAAACCCCUUAAACCCAUAAUUAUGAAUUAGUCUAUAAUAUUUGACUUUCAAAAACUACACACAUGGCACAAGUAUCAUCUAAACACUUGAAAAUAUCUACUUUUUUAGAUAUUAAUAACUGUCCUGAAUUAGAUUAUAUUUAUAUGGACUCAAAGGGGUAAAUAAUCCAUUUUCUUGUUUCUCUGUUCAACAGUCAAGUGAAAAAAAAGAAAAAAAAAGGAAAGUGAAUUAAAAUAAGACAAAAAACUCAAAGCAAUGAAUCUAAAACAAAACAUCUCGAAACAAAGUGAAACAAAACUAAAAACCUCAAAGCAGGGUAAAAGAAGAAAAAAAAACUCGCAAAGUGGUUAUUAAACAAAAGAAAAAAACAACAACAGAAACAGCAAAACAAUGAAACUAAGAAAAAACAACACAACUCAAAACAAAGUAAAACAGAAUAAAAACUAAAAACUCAAAGUAAAACAAACGCACGCGCGUGCACGCACACACAAAUAAACCCAAUAAAACAAAAGUUAAGACAAGAGUUUUUUUAUUUAAUUUUUUUUUGCAGUUUCAUUUAGUUUCAAAUAAUUUUUUUAGAUUCAUGUUUUUUUUUGUUUUGUGCUUUACUUUGAGUUUUGUUUAGUUUUUUUGCCGUACUACUUUGUUUUGUUUUUACUUAGUUUCACUGUUUUGAUUUUUUUUGUUUGGUUUUACUUUGAGUUUUGUUCCAAUUUGUUUUAAGAUGUUUUGUUUUGUAUUAGUUUCACUGUUUUGAGUUUUUUGUGUGUGUUUGUGUUUUACUUUGAGUUUUGUUUAGUUGCUGUUUCACAUAAAGUAAAAAAAAAAAAAAAAAAAAAAAAAAAAAAA